UCCGUGGCAACGGCGAGCGGUCCAGCCCCUUCUUCAGACUGAACCGGAAACUAACGUCAUUUCGGUCCAAUCCCUGCGCUCUGAAGUGACAUAAUGGAAUUUUUAAGGCAGUUUGGGUGAGUGAGUGCGCCGACAGCAGAGAACAUCUGCGCGCGGCGGAGACUCGCGCGGCCCCGCAGCAGUCGGGAGAAGCGGGAAUCAGCUGAUGUCCUGAUGCCCACGACAAACACCGCGGAGGUUUUCCAGAGCGCGAUGAUGAAGGAGCAAGUCAAUCCGAACUCCAGGCCGCUGGGAGAACCUGACGCGAUCCUGAACCCGCCGGACCUGGGACUCCUCAAACUGACGCCUCCUGACCUGGAGCGCCUCUUCAUCCAGUCCAGCGGUCUGGUGUCCGCCGCUCACCCGCCUCCUCACCUCCUUUACUACCCGAAGGCGGCCAGUGACGAGCAGGAGUUCGCGGAGGGGUUCGUGAAGGCCCUGGAGGACCUCCACCAACAGAACCAGCUGAGUGAAGCCGGACUGGAGCAUCCCGCGGGUCUGCAUCCGGGAGACUUACCGGUGUACACCACACUGAACGACUAUGCGAACGGCCCGCUGGGAGCCGCGGACGGCGCGCGCCCGCCGGCCCAUCCGAGCGGCGCGCCCCCGCGGGCCGCCGCCGCCGCUGCGAUGUCCCGGCUCCAGUCCGCCAGAGCGGUGAAGGACGAGCCACAGACCGUACCGGACAUGCAGAGCUUCGGUGAAAGCCCCCCCUUGUCUCCGAUCGACAUGGACAACCAGGAGCGCAUAAAGGCGGAACGGAAAAAGCUGCGCAACCGGAUAGCCGCCUCCAAAUGUCGCAAAAGGAAACUGGAAAGAAUUUCUCGGCUGGAGGACAAAGUGAAGACCCUGAAGACGCAGAACGUGGAGCUGGCAUCAACAGCCAGCGUCCUGAGGGAACAGGUGGCCCAGCUCAAGCAGAAGGUGAUGAACCACGUCAGCAGCGGCUGUCAGCUUUUACCCACGCAGGUCCAAGCCUACUGAGUGCGGGUCCACGAGACCGAGGAUUCAACCAGAACAUUGCAUCUGAAAAUGAUCACGUGUGCUUCAAGUGCAUUAGACAAAACCAGACGGAGUGAAGCUGUCAGGGAGCGUGGAGACGAUGCAGCUUCUGAGGGAAAUCUGUGUCUGCAGAAUCUAUGUAGCAACACAGCUGGAAGACUGCAGGUGACGUCAUCCACCACGGAACAACGCCUUACUUGUUUACAAGCUUUUAUAACGAGAAACAUUUCCCCAAGUAGCAUUUUAGAGUCAAAUCUUUUGUAUUUUUUCACUUGUCUGAGGUCCAUGAAUGUAUCGAUGUGCGUAUGGAGAAAACCUGUAUUUGUAUAAGUGUGUCUGACUUUUAUUAAAUACACUAAUUUAAAUGUA